AUGACCCCCUAUGGACCCCCUAUUUAUGACAGAGACAGCAAUUGUUUGGACGGCGGUGUUGUUGACUCUAAAAGAGAUAUAUCAGAUAUUUUGCAGCAAAUCAUGACAAUCACAGACCAGAGCCUUGAUGAGGCUCAAGCCAGAAAACACACACUAAAUUGCCACAGAAUGAAACCUGCACUAUUUCAAGUUUUAUGCGAAAUCAAAGAAAAAACAGUUCUUAGUUUGCGAGGCCCUCAAGAUGACGAACCAGCUGACCCACAGCUCCUCCGUCUUGACAACAUGCUCAUCGCAGAGGGGGUGGCAGGCCCUGAGAAGGUGGGGGGCUCGUUGGCCUCCAGUUCCCAGUCCCUGGCGGGCAACCAGGAGAAUGCAAUUGAACAUUCGGACUAUCGAGCUAAGUUGGCUCAGAUCAGGCAAAUAUAUCACACGGAAUUGGAAAAAUAUGAACAAGCAUGCUCCGAGUUCACAGCACAUGUCGUGAACCUCCUCCGAGAGCAGGGAUGUACACGGCCGAUCGCACCGAAGGAGAUCGACCGCAUGGUCAGCAUCGUCCGCAAGAAGUUCACAGCUAUCGAGUUGCAGUUGAAGCAGAGUACCUGUGAAGCAGUCAUGAUCUUGAGGUCCAGGUUCUUAGAUGCUAGGCGCAAGAGACGCAACUUCAGCAAGACAGCUACGGAGGUGUUGAACGAAUACUUCUACUCGCACCUGAGCAACCCGUACCCGAGUGAGGAGGCCAAGGAGGAGCUGGCCAGGAAGUGUGGCAUCUCUGUAUCGCAGGUAUCCAACUGGUUCGGCAACAAGCGCAUCCGUUACAAGAAGAACAUAACGAAGGCACAAGAGGAGGCCAACAUGUACGCAGCUAAAACUGCCGCUGCCGCCGCUGCUAACUUCCACCACAGUCCCACAAGUACUGAUGGGUCCAGUCAAGGUUAG